GCGUAAUGUUGCGUACUACACUCUCUAUAACUCGAUAAGAUCAUUAGUUCUCUGAACAGUGUUUUGUGCUCUAUAAUGUCCAUUUUGGACCAAGCAAGGACUUUACCACAUAUGCAAAGCAUGCCGCCAGGAUCUCAGCCACUGUUGCCACCUCAUAACAUAGACGGGUCGCCCAACUCUGAAGUUCUAUUGGCGCUUUUGGCCAGAAACAAAGCGCUUGAAGGCCACCGAAGCCGAGCACUGAAAAAUGUAUGGAAGGUUGAAUGGAAAAGAUUCGCACAAAGAGAAAUACGGGGCCGGGGAAUUGGGGCCUCUGCUCUGGCAAUUUUAAUUUGGCUUCCAGCUUUAGAUCUUUUAUUAGCAAAAAGGAAAAUGGAAUUAUAA